GAGGGAGAAAAUGAAAAAAAUAAAAUAAAAAACCCCAGUCGUUUACUGCCGCCUCCCCCCAAACGCUUGCGCUUUCGCUUUCAGUUUGCUUCACUCCAGCCCUUCGGGUGACAAUAUAACACCCCGCCUGCUUUGAGGUUCUGAGAACAGCAGGUUUCCUGAGGCUCUUAAAGGCUGACUCAGGAAGAAAACUGGGGAGUGACAAGGGCUGCUGAGAACUGAGAACUUGUCCUCUGGCUGCUGAGUCGGCGCCACCGCCAGGAUCAUUCCUCUAUCCAGCCUGCUCCUGCUUUGACCAGUUCACUAAGUUUAUCCUGAUCAAGGGUACCAUGGCAUCUGACUCCACCAUGAAGGCCCCCAUUUGUCUAGUGGAAAACUCACAAGAGAAGAUGAUGGUGAAUCCAAAAGCAUUACAGAUUCUGAACAACAUUUCUCAGCCUGUGGUGGUGGUGGCCAUCGUGGGGCUAUAUCGUACAGGAAAAUCCUAUCUCAUGAAUCGUCUUGCAGGACAGAAGCGGGGCUUCCCUUUGGGCUCCACGGUAAGGUCUGAGACCAAAGGCAUCUGGAUGUGGUGUGUCCCCCACCCUUCCAAGCCGAACCACACCCUGGUCCUUCUGGACACCGAGGGCCUGGGCGAUGUGGAAAAGGGUGACCCUAAGAAUGAUUCAUGGAUCUUCGCCCUGGCUGUGCUUCUGAGCAGCACCUUUGUCUACAACAGCAUGAACACCAUCAACCACCAGGCCCUGGAGCAGCUGCACUACGUGACUGAACUAACAGAGCUAAUCAAGGCAAAAUCCUCCCCAGGAACUGAUGGAGCAGGGAGUGCCGCUGAGUUUGUAAGUUUUUUUCCAGACUUUGUUUGGACUGUACGGGAUUUUGCUUUGGAGCUGAAGUUAAAUGAACGUGUCAUCACAGAAGAUGAGUACCUGGAGAACGCCUUGAAGCUGAUUCCAGGCAACAACCCCAAAAUCCACAAUUCCAACAUGCCUAGAGAGUGUAUCAGGCGUUUCUUUCCCAAACGGAAGUGCUUUGUCUUUGACCGGCCUACCAGUAACACAAAAGAUUUACUUCAUCUGGAAGAAGUGCCAGAAGACCAACUACAAAGGAAUUUCCAGGUGCAAUCAGAAAAUUUCUGUUCUUACAUCUUCACCCACGCAAAGACGAAGAAUCUGAGAGAGGGUAUCACUGUCACCGGGAACCGGCUGGGGACGCUGGUGGUGACCUACGUGGAUGCCAUCAACAGCGGAGCAGUGCCUUGUCUGGAGAAUGCAGUGACAACGCUGGCCCAGCGUGAGAACGCAGCAGCUGUGCAGAGGGCAGCCGACCACUACAGCCAGCAGAUGGCGCAGCGAGUGCGGCUCCCCACGGACACGCUCCAGGAGCUGCUGGACGCGCACGCGGCCUGCGAGAGGGAGGCCAUUGCAGUCUUCAUGGCGCACUCCUUCAAGGACGACACACGGGAAUUCCACAAACAGCUCGUGGUAGCCAUAGAGAAAAGGAAGGAAGAAUUUGUGCUGCAGAAUGAAGAGGCAUCUGUCAAAUAUUGCCAGGCUGAGCUUAAGCAUCUUUCGGAGCCCCUGAUGGAAAGUGUUUCGAGAGGAACUUUCUCUGUUCCUGGAGGACACAAGCUCUACUUAGAAGCAAAGAAAAAAGUUGAGCGGGACUAUGAGCUAGUGCCCAGGAAAGGAGUUAAGGCAAACGAGGUUCUCCAGAACUUCUUGCAGCAGCAGGUGGUUACAGAGCAAUCCAUCCUGCAGGCAGACAAAGCCCUCGCUGCUGGAGAGAAGGCCGUAGCAGCGGAACAGGCCAUGAGGGAGGCAGCUGAGCAGGAAGUGUUGGUGCAAAGACAGAAACAGGAGGAGCUGGAGCAGAAGAUGCAGGCUCAGGAGAGAAGCUUCCGAGAAAACAUGGCCCAACUUAAAGAGAAGAUGGAGAGGGAACAGGCAGACCUGGUGAGAGAGCACGAAAGGAUGCUGGAGCACAAGCUGCAGCUCCAAGAAAAAAUGCUUAAUGAAGGAGCUAAGAAGCAAGCUGAGGAGUUAAAGAAAGAGAUAAGCCAACUAAAAGAAGAGAUGGAAAGAACUGAGAAGGAAAAACCCUCAGUGUUUUCGAGGAUCCUCGAUACAGCGGCCGACAUUUUUAUUGCAGCCCUACCUGUACCUGCUAAGCUACUUGGUUUAGGGAUGAAAAUUUUGUCCCCAUUUACUAAAUGAAUAGGCUGAAUAUUCCUCGCAAGGAAAUUAUAAAAUAAAGUUUCUUUGUUAUAA